AGUUUUGAUAUGCUUGAAAAGACUGACCAAAAAAAUUUAUUUUCUAAGAAAAAAGAGGAAAAAAUCCUUUUGAUGAAAAAGGUCAUAUUUAUGUGAAAUUAUUUAAAUUGUCGUUUUUAGAAAAAACUGAUGGGAUUACUGAAACAGAAACAGCAGCUCGCAUUUUACGAUUGUGAUGAUAUGCAGAAAUUUGAUAAGCCCGAAAAAACAGACAUUCGAAGAUACUUCUAGAUUGCCUCUUGGCAUGAACUUGACUACAGAUAAAGAUGUUAGGAUGGCAACGCCACCUCCGCUGCCGCCGACACCUGAGGAAAAGAAAAAGACUCGAUCACCUGCAGCAGACUGGUAUCGCCCAAAGGAGGCCAAUCAAUUUGCUGUGGAUUCCGAGGAACCAACAGAACUACAUCAAACGACUGUGCAUUUGGAAAUUAAAUUUCUGGAAGUCCUCUUAACAGCUUACAACACGAUUUGAAAGCAACCAAGAAAGGGGACAACGUAUCGAACAGUCAGUAUCAAUUUUAUGGAACCGGGUUUUCGAUUUGAAGAUGUCCAGAAAUAUGGUUCCAAAAUAUCUCCUGAAACAGUUACUACUGCUGGACGAAUUUAUUUCGAACUGGCCCUCUUACGCGGUUCACGUUCUUGCAUAUUUCCUUAUACAGAUGAGGUGGUCACGUUUCUUAACAAUUUUGAAGGCAAUAAUCAUCACAUUCCUCAUUUUGAUGAAGUCGAAUUGAGACGACGGACCGAAUUGUAUCGUCAUUUCAAAUACUAUUUUCAGAAUAUCGAUUUUAUGAUGGCCACGAAAGAUUCAGUUCAAUUUCAAAUCAAUCUCAUCAUUGAACUAGAAUGGCUACAAUUAAUGGGUAGUGCUGCUGUACUGCCUACCACAGAAGUAAAUAAAACACAGGAGUAUGUCGUAACAAUCACGAAUCCGGCCGACACUCCUUUACUCGUUGAUUAUUUUUUAGCUGAUCCGUCACUGGCAAAGCAAACGCAACUUUCUUCACCGCUUGAAGUUAUUGUAAUUGCACCAAGUUGUUAUCUCACAGGUAAAGCGCUAUUUUCUCUAGUCAACAAUCCUCCUGAAAAGCCGUUACUAAUACCCACGGGAGCAAGCGUUUCAGGCCCCGUUAUAUUUCGUUCUCACACUACGGGAGCUUAUUGCACUCUGCUGCAUGUACGCAAUAAUUUAACCAUAUAUGAGGCUAUCUGGCUUAGUGCCAAGAUAGUCCAAUCGCAAUUUCGUUUAAGUAAUCGCAAGCCCGGCUCACUAAAUCCGCUCCUCUUUGAAAGAAGCGAACUGCAAAUAGAACGCGUUUGUUCUGCGACACAAAAUCCGAUUAAGGUUGGUGUGGAUGUCGCACGCAAGGUACAUUCUCAUAUGAAUAAUAAGAAUAAAAUUGAUUUAUAUGUUCGUUUUUGA